AUGUCUAUGCGACUCGAGAAGCUCAUUGCUAUGUGGGGCACACACGUGUGGCGUAUCCUUGAAGAAUUUGCUGAUUCGAUCCGUGGAUACGCUCGCUUGGAAUGGUUCCCGAGGUCUUCUAUGGGGGUCGUCAGCACCCCCAAUACAAAGUCUCUUGGAUAUGGACUCCGGAAAAUUCGGGAUUAA